UCCCGGGUUUCCUUUUGAAGCGGGUGCACGUCUAUGCCAUAUGUGCCAAGGAUUGCCUUGUCAUUGUAUCCAGAGAGAAACGCGUGGUCAGCGGCACCACCGACAGCUCCACUGCAGCGUAUCUGGUAGGUGGUGUGUAAAGUCAGACUUUAAGCCAGACAUGGAUACUGACAAGAGCGGUGAGGUUUUAGAUGAGACUCCACAGCCAGAGGAGACUGUCAUGGAAAAAGAGGUUGUGUCAAAACUGGAGACACCAGAAGACUCCACAGAGCCUGAGAAGCCUGCAGCUGCUGCUGAAGAGACGGAGCAGCUGGCAGUAAAUGGCAAUGAAGCAGAAGUCAUCAACUUGAAAGAAACCGAAGAGUUGAUUGUGACAGAAAGUGUUACGCUGUCUGAGGAAAAAACAGAAGUGGAGAUUGAGGAGAGCUUGCCCAAAGAAAAAUCUGACAUGGCUGCUGUGGUGGCACCACCAGAAGCAGAUGAGUCAUCUGAAAAGAUCCCUGCCCCAGUUGCAGCUUUAGACACAGAACCAGAAAACAUCCAGCCUGAACAGCAGCCUGUGCCAGAGAAUGACCCAGAACCUUUGCCUGUGCAAACACCUCUGGCAGAGAGUGCCCCUGAACCAGGGCCAGAGAAAUUGGCAGAAUCAGUUGCACAAGCUGAACUGCAAGAGCAAACAUUACCUGAACCAGCCACGCUGCAGCAGCCAGUGGACACACAACCACCCAGCCAACAAGAGAGUGUGUCGGAACAAGUGGAAACUAAGAAAGAAUUGCCGACUACAAUGGAUACUGUGGCAGAAAAUGAUAACGCAGCCAAAGAGGAAAAACCAGCACAUACGGAAAAGGCAGCAGACACUGUGGCAGAAGUUUCCUCAGAAAAACCAACAGAAGCUGUGACAUUAAAGGAGGAGCAACCUGCAGAGGACAAGAAGGUUGAAGUAGAGUCUGGCAUUCUGAAGGGAGCUGAAGCAGCAACAGAAAGUGAAGGUGCUGACCUUCAAAAGGAAGAGGAUACAGUCCCUGCAUCUGGCUCCCUGUCCUUUGCCCUCCUGGAACAGCAGCAGACCAAAGACGCCCUGCGAACCUCUCGUACCCUUGUUGUCCUCAGAGGCCUUCCAGGAAGCGGUAAAAGCUUCUUGGCCCGUGUCAUAGCUGAUGCCUACAAAGACCAAUGCUCUGUCUUCUCUGCUGAUGACCACGGCGUAAAGCCAGAGGAUCCAGACUCAUCUGGGGAUGGAUACAAGGCUCUGGAUGACGCUGUGGUGGCCUGCUGCAGUGCAGGAACAGCAUCAUCGCUGCUGAUGGUGGUAGAUGACACCAACCACACCCAGGAUCGGCUGGCCCGCCUGGGGGAGAUUGCAGAGCAACACAAUCUUGUUCCUGUCUUUUUGGAGCCACACACUGAAUGGAGCAGAGAUAAGGCACAGCUGAUCAAGAAGACUAGGCGUGGACUAAAGGAGGCCCAACUGGAAGCCAUGAGAGGUCCACUUGAGGAAAUGUCCCUUCCUCUUUACUUUGGCUGGUUUCUUCUGUCCUGUGUCCAGGAAAAGGUCCGGUGCACAUCAAUGGACUUCCUGAAAACGCUGGACACCUUGGAGGCCUUCAAGAAACACUUGAUUGACUUCACUGGUAAAGCUGAGAAGGAGGUGGAUUUGGAGCAGUACUUUGAAGCCAAAGGGACCCUCCAUUGCACUACAAAAUUCUGCAACUAUGGAAAAGCAGAGGGGGCCAAAGAGUAUGCAGAGAAUCCUGCUGUUAAAGAUUCCUACAGUUCUGUGUUCGAGCUGUCACUGAGUGCUCUCUUCGUCACUCCCCGCACCGUUGGUGCCAGAGUGUCCCUCACCGAGGAGCAGCUUUUGCUGUGGCCAGCCGAUGCCGAAAAGGAGGUGGAGUCUGCCGUCCCUGCAGCUGCCUCCCUGCCUCCGGGUAGCCGCGCCCAUGUUACUCUAGGCUGUGCAGAGGGUGUCGAUCCAGUUCAAACAGGUCUGGAUCUGCUGGGCAUCCUGGCCCUGCAGCAGGAAGGCCAGCAGGGGGAGCUUGUGGAGGAGAUGGAGCUCGGCUCGCUGACCUAUUACGGCGAAGGAAGGUGGCUGCUCAGUCUCAGAGAGCCCAUCUGCACCCCAGCCUGCUUUGCCAGCUUCUACGGACCCAAGGAGCUCGAGCCGCCCAAAAAAGAACCAGAGAAGAAGAAGAAGCAAAAGUGCUCCAUACAGUAAAUGGCAAACGUGGGGAUGUGUGGCCGGGAUGACUGGUGAAUUAAAACUUAGGCUUACUCUGUGCAAGGUGUGUGUGUUUGUGCAGUGUUUAGGGUUUCACUUAUAGCUGCCCUAAAUCCACAAGCUGUGUGCCUUUUUUUUUUUUUUGUUGUUGUUGUUUUUUUCUUUACUGUUUUGCACCACAACCCAAGAUGCCUUCAAUCCAUUUAGGCUUGUUAAUAUUGUUCAUUAUCUUGUUUCGCAUAUCAGUGCCAGAGUUGCAGUACCUGGCUAUUUGCUGAGGUGUUGGCUUCAGUUUUAGACUAAGGUAGAAUAGCCUCCUCCCACAGCUCCACGGUUACCUAAAACUUACUUUUCCUCUUCUAUACAUGUCAGUGUCUCAGUAUUCAAAAACUAGGUACUUUCAUUGCAUGCAUCUCAAGUUAACGGUAUCAACAUAGUAACACAUUUCUGACCUGCUAAGAGUACCUCUUCAACAGAAUUUGUCUGGUGAUUCCUUUCCUCUUGUAAGUUUAAAGUCAUUUGUGUGUGAGCAGACUAGGAAGUCAUUGUUACAAUAGCAUAUGGGCCAAAGUUAUCUAUUUGAUUAAGUGUAUUAGAAUGAAUGUCAUUUAUAGAGGUCCUUCCUGGUACAAUCUUUGCACUGUGCAUAGUUUGAAAGGGAGAAAGCUGAUACGUUAGGCUUUUUUUUUUUUUUUUUUUUUUGCAGCUUGCACUUAGUACUUAUCAAAUGCUGUGAAUCUGUCUAUAUUUUGCAAUCUUCUACUGCGCAAGACUGCACCAUUGAUCCCUUUUAUCCUAUUUGAACCGCAACUCAUGUAUUGCAUCUCGAUUUUGUAUCUUCUGUGACUGUAAUUUUUGAACAGCAAGUCCUACUUUGUGUAGCUCUUAUGAAUCACUAUUUUUGCACUUGUUUUGUACACUUAAUAAAAAAGAACAUGCUUUGCUCCAGUAA